AUGUCUACCGAAACGCCAUGGCAUGCGGCAUUCCCCGCUCCGAAGAGUACACCACCUUCUCUAUCACGAGAAGAGUUACUUGGAUGGAUCCGAGAGGGUAAACAAGCCGGCAAAGACUAUGUACUUGUCGACGUGCGUCGGAAUGACUACGAGGGUGGCACGAUCAGAGGCUCGUUGAACUUGCCUGCCCAAAGUCUAUACCCUACAAUUCCGACAUUGUACUCUCUCAUAUCAAACAGCAGUGCGGAAUACGUGGUUUGGUACUGCGGUUCGUCUACUGGUCGGGGUACGCGUACCGCUGCUUGGUUUGCAGAUUACCUCCAAGAGAAGCAGGAUCCGAAGGUUAAGAGCUUGAUUCUUGCGGGUGGAAUUAAGGGAUGGGCGGCUGCUGGAGAGGAGUUUACUUCGUUGAUGGAUGGAUAUGAUGCUUCUGUCUGGUCGAAGUAA